AUGGAGCGAGGGUGGGCGGGCGGCCCCCUGAGGGCCGGCGGCUUCCUCCACCCCCCGCCCCAGUUCUUCACCUUCGACCCCCCGGCGGAGCAGACCGGCCGACGGAGGAAGAGACGGCGCAAGUCCCGGGUGGUCCUGUACCCCGAGAACGCCAAGAGGUACCUCCCGGCCGAGCAGAAGAGCAAGGCCAAGCGCUGCCUGCUCCUCCUCCUGACCAUCGUCUGCUUCCAGAUCCUCAACGCCAUCGAGAACCUGGACGACAACCUCCAGAAGUACGACGUGGACGGCCUGGAGAAGACCCUGAGGCGGGGGGUCUUCGGCCAGGCGGCGGCCGUGGACGGCCUGGUGGAGCUGCUGAGGGACUACCUGGCCACCCACGUCCACAGCAAGCCCCUGGUCCUCUCCCUCAACGGCCCCAGCGGGGUGGGCAAGAGCCACGUGGGGAGGCUGCUGGCCAGGCACUUCCGGUCCGUCAUGGACCCCGACUUCGUCACCCACUACUACGUCUUGCACCGCUGCCCGGAGCGGGAGGCCCUGCCGGCCUGCCGGCGGGAGCUGGCCGCCCGGAUCGCCGACGUGGUCGCCCGGGCCGAGGCGGAAGAGAGGGUCCCCCUCUUCAUCCUGGACGAGGUGGAGUUCAUGGCCCCCGACCUGCUGGACACCCUCCACGCCUACCUCCAGCCGGGCCUGUCCAACGAGUUCCUCAACGCCGUCUACGUCCUCAUCAGCAGCAUCGGGGGCAGCGAGAUCACCCGCUUCGUCCUCCAGAACGGGACCGGGCCCGGUCCGGCCCCCCGGAGGGGCCGGGACCCGGCCGCCCUGGUCCGGGCCCUCCUGGCGGACGCCCACCCGAUCUGGGAGGCCGCCCACGUCAUCCCCUUCACCCUGCUGGAGAAGCGGGACGUCGUCAGCUGCUUCGUGGACGAGAUGGCCGGGGAGGGCUUCUACCCCGACCAGGGCCACGUGGAGAGCUUGGCCUCCCAGCUCAGCUACUACACCCGGGGCGACGCUCAGUACUCCGUCAGCGGCUGCAAGCAGGUGGUGGCCAAGGUCAACCUCCUGUAG